GUUGGGUCUACUGUGUUGUGUGUGCUGAUGGUGCAACUGUACAGUGACCGCUAUUUACCUUUUGAGGUGGGUUACACAUACACUCGCUGUUGGAUAUCAAUUUGAAAUUGACGCCGGAGAUGGACAGCUAGCUCGCAUAUAAAGACGAAAUGUUUAUCUUAGCUAUCAGUCACUUCUGGGACACGCAUCAUCAAAGAAACGUAGGAGGUGAUGAGAAUCAUGAAGCCAACCCGUCACCUGCUCCUGGUGCUUUGUCCCAUGGUGGUCCUGGGCUUCCUCUACUACUCCUCUGGGAGACUGCACCCCUGGGGCUGGGGACAUAAAUCACUGUAUGACAAACAGGGAUUCUUGCUGAAGUUGGAUGGUAAUCUGCCUUUGGAGCUGAUGUACAAGUAUGGCAAUCUCAGCGAGGGAGUCUGCAAACCUGGCUAUGCAGCUGCCAAGAUGACUGCCAUUUAUCCGAAGUUCACUAAACCAGCCCCCAUGUUCCUUGAUCCGAAUUUUAGACGAUUCAACAAAAUCAGCAAAUUCUUCCCACCUUUUGGAAUAAAAUUGCAAGAAAAGAUCAUAGAUAAUAUUCUGACAGCCACAAAGAGCUAUGGUCUGGAAGAUGAGCUGGACAGUCUGAGUUGUAAAAAGUGCAUCAUCAUGGGAAAUGGUGCUAUUCUGACCAACAAGUCUAUGGGUGCAAGGAUUGACGAGUACAACGUGAUUGCAAGGUUGAACGAGGCUCCAGUGAGUGGCUAUGAGAAAGAUGUGGGCUCCCGGACCACUAUUCGUAUCACCUACCCAGAGGGAGCCAUCCAGAAGACUGAACGCUACGAACAAGACUCCCUCUUUGUUCUCUCUGCCUUCAAAGCUCUCGACUUCAAAUGGCUGCGGUCCAUGAUCUUUAAAGAUAGGCUGCAUAGUACAGAUGGGUUCUGGAAGUCUGUGGCCCGUCAUGUCCCCAGGGAGCCCAGUGAGAUGAGGAUCCUCAACCCUUACUUCAUCCAGGAGGCUGCCUUCAGGUUCAUUGGCCUGCCACACAACAAGGGACAGAUGGGGAGAGGGAAUAUUCCGACACUGGGGACUGUUGCCAUAACAAUGGCCCUCCAUAACUGUGAUGAGGUAGCCGUGGCUGGAUUUGGUUAUGACAUGAGUACCCCCCACGCCCCCCUACACUACUACGAGAAGAUCAGGAUGGCGGCCAUCAAACAGUCCUGGACUCAUAACAUUUCUAAAGAGAAGGAGUUCCUGAUUAAGCUGGUGAAGGCCGGGGUUAUACAGGACUUGACCCAUGGGAUCUGUGGCUCAGGGUGCUGAUGACAACAUCCAGCCAAUCCCAGAUCACAGAGAGAUAUGGAGGAGAAACACAGGGGCAGCAUUGUGAAGUCCUGCUCUGUUCCCCUCAACCUAACCUUCACCGCUGGCUGAGGCAUACUGUUGUCAGGACAGAAGUCUGGUGAAGGGUUCUGAAGCGUUCCUAUCUCUGACAGAAGAUAACUGUGGUAGAUGGCAUCUUCACUGGACUUCCUUGGAGAGAUAGAACUAUACACAACACUUUAGAAUACUCUAGAACACAGAGAGCUUGAACUCUGUAGAACACAGAGUUAUACUGUUCUAUUUUAUGAUUUGCUGCAGUGUGACAAUAGUUUUAAGUUUUAUUAGUCAUAUGUAUGGGAUACACAUGGUAUACACCGUCGAACUAAAUGCUUACUUGCAAGUUCCUUCUCGACAAUGCAACAACAAUAAUAAAUAAUAAAUGAUAAGAACAUGAACAUAAAGUAAAUGGCUCAGUUGAAUAGAAUAUAUUUAUUUGUAUAAGUAUAGUACAGGAAGGCACAAUUUAUAGUCCAGUAUUUACCCGUGUGUUUUGGGGAUUUGGGGGCAAGUGUUUAUAUUGUGCAGUAUUUAGCAAUCGUAAUAAGAGUCUGGUAGCAGCAUUUGUGGUGUUAUGUGCGUGAGCGAGUGCGCUAAGGUGACGAGAAUCAGAGCAGGUGGUCAGUCAAGUUCAAGUGUUAAGCAGUCUGAUGGUUGGUAGAUACAAAUUGUCACUGAGCCUGUUGGUAUCAGACAUCAUGCUCCGAUACCGUCUGCCUGACGGUAAGGGAGUAAACAACUUGUGGCUGGGGUGUGUGGGGUCCUUAAUGAUGCCUGGAGCUUUCCUCAGGCACCGUUUCGAGUGGAUGUCCUAGAUGGGUCGGAGCACGGUCCCAGUGAUGUGGUGGGCCGUCUUCACCACUCGCUGGAGGGCCUUGUGGUUGUGAAUGGAGCGAUUCCUGUACCAGUCCGUAAUGCAACCGGUCAGGGCACUCUCGAUGGUGCAUCGGUAGUAUUUGGAGAGGACCCGGAGUGACAUGCCAAAUUUCUUCAGUCGCCUUAGGAAUUACAGACGCUGACGAGUGGUGGUGUUGUUGGUCCAUGACAAGUCCUCUGUGAUGUGGACACUGAGGAACUUAAAACUGCUGACUCAAUACAGUAUCAUGAAAAGAUGGACUGAGAAUAUCUUUGGAGGAGGAAGAAGUGAAUACCUCUGCUCAUACAGUAUACUUGAAUAUAUUCAGUCACCACAUACGCAUCUUAGAAACUGUUGUUACUGUUCUUAAACUGUUAUUUUCAGAUCUCGUAAUGGCUGCGGUGCCCUCUUUAUCUGGGCUUCGUCAUUAUGGGAUGGUUGACGUCGGGGUAGCAAAUAAUGCGCAUACAUAUUCUGCUUUUACUGUAUCAGGAAGCAGAGAUGCUCAUGACUGUUAGAAGCCCUCCACAACUUCCUUCCUCCCCCCUUUUAAGAUGUAUUACAAUUAUUUACCUUUAAAGA